AUGCUUCCAACGGUUAUGAAUCAGCCCACUUCCGUAGACCCAACAGCGCCGCCGCCGCAGCCGCCGUCGCAGCCGCCGCGAUCCUCCUUCAGCUGCGACCGCCACCCCGCCGAGAACUUCACCGGCUUCUGCCCCAUCUGCCUCUGCGAGCGCCUCACCACUCUCGACAGCAACUCCUCCGCCAACACCCCUUCCUCCUCCCGCCGCCCCUCCUCCGCCUCCGCCGCCAUCAAAGCCCUCUUCUCCUCCACCGCCGCUGCGAAACCCACCACCACCACCGCCACCACCAGCAGCAGCUUCUUCCCGCCGCCGAAGCCUGCGAAAGCAUCCUUUUUCCCCGAGCUCCGCCGCACAAAGUCAUUCUCGGCGUCCAAGAACGAAGCUUUGAGCCAAUUCUUCGAGCCCCAGAGGAAAUCUUGCGAUGUUAGAGGUAGAAACACUCUCUGGUCUCUCUUCUCCCUCGACGACGGCGGCGCCUCCUCCAGCCAAAACCCCCCAAACGGCAAAAAAAUCGGAUCUUUAGCGGCGGAGAGGCCCGUUUUCGAGGAGACCGAGAACGACGACGAUUUCCGUGACCCAGAAAAUGUAGAAAUUGACGAAAUUGAAGAAUCCCAUUUGGAGAAUUCAAGAAACGAAGUUGAAUUCGAGGUAAAUGAAGGCGAAAUAGUUGAAGAAGAGAGUAAUGUGAAGAAGAUAAAGGAACACAUUGAUCUCCACAGCCAAGAGAAGAAGAGCUCCGGCGGAGGCGGGUUUUGGGCGGCGGCCUCUGUUUUCAGCAAGAAAUGGCACAAAUGGCGGCGAAAGCAGAAGAUGAAGAAGGAAAACAAUCCCACAUUGCCUGUGGAGAAGCCCAUUUCUCGGCAGUAUAGAGAGACACAGUCUGAGAUUGCUGACUACGGCUUCGGCCGGAGAUCCUGCGACACCGAUCCCCGAUUCUCCCUCGAUGCCGGGAGGAUGAGCUUCGAUGAUGCAAGAUACUCCUUCGAUGAGCCCCGAGCUUCAUGGGAUGGUUACUUGAUUGGAAGAAGCUUCCCAAGAAUGGCACCAAUGGUCUCUGUGAUGGAGGAUGCUCCGGCCGUGCCUGUUUCACGGCAGGAUAUGCAGAUUCCGGUGGAGGAGCCACCGGUGGUGCAUUCUGUGAAUGAGGGUACUGAGGUUGUUCCUGGUGGGACAGUGCAGACUAGGGAGUAUUACUCGGAUUCGUCCUCUCGGAGGAGGAAGAGUCUUGAUAGGUCGAGUUCGAUUAGGAAGGCUGCAGCCUCUGCUGUGGCUGAUAUUGAUGAGCUUAAGAUGAUGUCCUAUGCCAAAGUCUCUCCCACAACUGCAGAUUGCUCUCAUCCUGCCAAAGUUGUGGAGAGGGAGAGAGACUUGCUAAAAGACUCGAGUUUGCAGCAUUUUGAUGGUGUAGAGAGUAGUGAAUUGGGUAGUGGUUAUAGGGAUUGUAGCAAUUCUUUGAUAGGGGGUGAGAGGAAGGAAGUGAAGAAGUCGUCGUCUAGGAGGUGGAGUUGGAGGAUUUGGGGGUUCAUACAUAGGCGUGGUGGAGGCACGAGCAAGGAUGGGGACGAGGAGGACAAGUAUAGCAGGGUUAACGGGGUGGAGAGGUCGUUGUCUGUGUCGUGGCAGGACUUGAGGGGAGUGGAGAACAGAGAUGUCGGGGGCCGGUUGAAUAUAAACAUGUUUAGGAGCAAUAGCAGUGUGAGUAUGAGGAAUAGUGGAUCGCUUGGUGCGAGCAUGAGGAAGCCUUCGGGAAGGAGUGGCAGGGAUGGGUUUUCGUUUGAGAGGAACCGGAGUGUUAGGGGUUCACCUCCUAGCCAUGUGGAUAAUGGCCUCUUGCGUUUCUACUUAACCCCUAUGAGGAGGCGAGGGGGCGGAGGUGCGGGUGGUCUUGGUAAAAUCAAGGCCAACGGCUCAAGCUCCGUUGCAAGGAGCGUGCUGAGGUUGUAUUGAGGGUGUAAGGUGUUUGGUCUUAACUUUGCUGCAUUUGUUGCUUGAUCACAUCUGCAACUAUCUGCAACUGCUGGGUUUAGUUCUUGUAUUGCAAUGCAUUUGUAUCUUUUCAUUGGGGUAUACUGUUAUUGGCAUUUCAAUAAUGAGAAAUUUCUUUUCAUGUUUUCAAUAAUUCAA